AUGUAUCGGCGGUCCAGUCGAAGUAACCUAACUCGUACAGUGGCAGCCAGUCCCAUCUGGGAGGCUGCCAAGGUUGUUGACGGUUCCCGGCUCGCCGGUUGCCCCAGCCCCAAAUUUGUCUCCGUGCCACCUUUUAGACUCGCAGGCCAAGACCGCACGACUCCAUCACCGAUACGAGCGUCUGCCCGUUCUCUCACGACUCUGCUGCGAGUCGCAUUCCGUACAACGCUUCUGCUAGGCCCGCAACCGCCGUCGAGGGCCACUAUCCCGAGUGAUCGACUUGGCUGCAACCAGACGGAUCAGUUGCCCGCUCCUGAAGGCGCACCGCAGGGGGCCGUAGACGAACGAACGUCGGUCCUGCUCAUUCACUCACUCGAGGCCAUCCCGCCCGUGUCGCAUCGUCGAAGGCAUUGCGGACGACCCCUCGUCCACGUUUCACACAGCAGAUCGCUGCCGCGCGCGCCCAACCCCGGGCCACGACUUCAGCCAGCAAGCUCGAGCGAGCCGGCCAUUGGCGCUGGCCUUGAUCCGCGCAACACCACCGACCAGCCAGCCCAUUACAAAGACGCAGCACCCAUCAUGGCUGACUUUAGCCGCCAGUCGGUCGAUCUGCCUACACCCCAACGCCCGUCUACUCGCGAACGCUCCGGCAGCAUGUCGCUCGGAACCACGCCAGCACCAGCACCAGGCAGUCCGGCUGCCGAGAAUGGCGGAGCUCAUCCCCCCAACGGCGCUGGCCCGACGGCGGCCACCCCCGGGUCGCCGACAACUGGCGGGCCCGAGGUGUCCCAGCAAGUUCAGGACGUGCUGGGCUCCGACAUUGGCGUCUCUACCAUGCUGAACCGGCUGAAGCAGAGCGUCGCUGCGGCCAAGGAGUUUGCCUUGUUUCUGAAGAAGAGAUCGGUCCUGGAGGACGAGCAUGCCAGGGGAAUGAAGAAGCUAUGCCGCAUGACGCAGGAGAACAUACACCAUGCCGACCACCGGCAGGGCAGCUUUGCGCAGGCAUAUGAGGAGAUGCUUGUUAUACACGAACGGAUGGCCGAAAACGGCCAGCAGUUCGCCAUGUCUCUCCAUCAGAUGCACGAUGACCUCCUCGAGGUGGCUGCCGUUGCCGAAAAGCACCGCAAGGGCUGGAAGCAAAACGGUCUGGCGGCCGAGCAACGUCUGGCCGACAUUGAGUCUGCCAUGCGCAAGUCCAAGGCAAAGUACGACUCGCUCGCCGAGGACUACGACCGAGUCAGGACCGGCGAGGCGAGGCAGGGCGGCAAGAUGUUUGGUCUGAAGGGGCCAAAGUCUGCCGCUCAGCAUGAAGAGGAUCUGCUUCGCAAAGUACAGGCCGCCGACACGGAUUACAUGGGCAAGGUGCAGACCUACCAGUCCGAGAAGGCCACUGUGGUAGCCACCACCCGGCCGGAAGCCAUCAAGGCGCUCAACGAUCUUGUACGGGAAUGUGAUUCUGCCACUACUCUGCAGAUGCAAAAGUUCGCAUCGUUCAAUGAAAAGCUACUACUAAGCAAUGGUCUCGUGAUCAGCCCCCUGAAGAACCAGUCCCUGCAGACUUCUCGUAGUCUGAAGGAGGUUAUUCAAGGCGUAGACAAUAACAAGGACCUGGAAGACUACUUGUUGAGCUUUCAUAGCAAAGUGCCGCCCAAAUCCUCGGAGCCAAAAUAUGAACGCAAUCCGGUGUUGAACCCGCAGGCAAAUAUAUCUACAAUCAAUACAUCCCAGAUGCCUCAACAACAAGUACGGCCCCCGUCACAAAACCCAACACCUGUCCAACAAAUUCCGCCUCAACAACCGAUCGGGUCUAUGAGUUCUAGACAGGGGACGUUCGACGUGUCGUCUCCCGGGGGUCCACAAGGCCCUGGACAGGGCUACGGACCUCCUACAGCCAUGGGCCCUCCCUCCAUGGGUCCUCCUCAAAUGGGCGCUUCCUCGAUGGGACCAUCUUCUCAAAGGCCAGGGUCUCAGCCAGGCCAUGAGAGAAGCUUCAGUCAUGGAGCCAUGCUCAACCAGGCCAGUCAGCCCCCGCAACCGCCACAAAACCAGAGGAACUCCAUCCAAGCCUUGUCGGGCCCUCAUCAGAGAUUUGGGAACGGUGGCAGUAUCGGUCAGGCUGGCCCUCCGCAACUUGGUGCCUUACCUUUCCAGAGCUCGACGAACCGGAGUCCCUCCCCACCAAGACAAAACCCUUACCAGCCUCCCGACUCAGUACGCUCCGUCUCUCCGCCUAGCACAGUCGCCGGUCCCGUUGCACCAGCAGCUGGCGGUACGAGGCCUAAACAAGUGUUUGGUUUGACGCUAGACCGACUUUAUGAGCGCGAUGGUCUGGCAGUGCCCAUGGUGGUUUACCAGUGUAUUCAAGCUGUGGAUUUGUUUGGCCUGGCCGUUGAGGGCAUAUACAGAUUGUCGGGUUCCGCGACACAUAUUCAGAAGUUGAAGAAUAUGUUUGAUACAGACUCCGACUCACGCAACCUGGACUUCCGCAACCCGGAGAACUUCUUCCACGACGUGAACAGCGUAGCCGGUCUAUUGAAGCAGUUCUUCCGCGACCUCCCAGAUCCCCUGCUCACGUCGGCUCGGUACUCGGACUUUAUCGAGGCCGCCAAGGUCGAGGACGAGAUUGUCCGGCGGGACAGUAUGCAUGCCAUCAUCAACGAGCUUCCCGACCCCAACUACGCGACCCUGCGCGCCUUGACCUUGCACCUGCACCGUGUCAUGGACAACUCGGGUGUGACCAGGAUGAACUCACAGAACGUGGCCAUUGUGUUCGGCCCGACGCUGAUGGGCACGGCCCCGAGCAGCAAUAUCGCCGACUCGGGCUGGCAGGUUAGGGUGGUGGACACGAUAUUGCAGAACACGUACCAGAUUUUUGACGAAGACUAG